AACUACUCACAAAACUCUGUCACAAUGGGACGGAACGUUGGAAAUGAGUCUUACUCCGCACGGUCAGACCCACAACCACGAAAGACAUCGAUGCCAGAAACCUCCUACAACAACAACAACAACAACAACAACAACCAGAACAUUGACUACUACCCACCUCGCAAGCUCUCUACACCAACAUCUCCCGCAGACUACAUGGCCGUCAACCGGUCACGAACAAUGAACUCCACCCCAUCACCACCCCUCUCAACACCCUCUCUCGGCCCAGGCAAAAUGAAGAUCAAGCUGCACAGCAUCCCCAGCAACGGCGGCAACCAACGCACAGUCAUGCUCCUCGUCGACGCCAACCAAUUCCCCGCAAUCACCUACAAGACUCUGAUCACCAGGUGUCGAGACAAGUUCGGCUACCGCAACCCCACGGUAUCCUACAAAGACCCCGAGGACUACAACCAGCACGGCAUCUCCGUCGUCGAUGACGAUGAUCUCAGCGUUGCAAUGGAGAUUUUGGACGGACGGGUUGAAUUCUGGGUCUCAGAUAACUGAUCAACGCUGCUUUCGCAACAAGAGUUACCCGCGGCGUCGACUCUCUGGUACCCUAUUUAUCAACCCCAACAAUUUUGCAAUCCCCGGCGUAACUCCCCGACUUUCCGAAACCACCUCCCGUACUUUGUUUAGAGUCUCACCCCUAUUGCACCAAUCCACAGGGUUUCCGUGCUUUUGUACAUAUACGCCCUGUAUGGUCGGCGUUUUUCCGAUUUUUUGUUUCGAAUGUUCCUCCCCUACACAUAGAAGAUGAGGCGGGUUCGCCCAAUCUGUUUAACGGACGGACCCAACUUGUACAUAAACUUUCUGGCCCCCCCCCCCCCGCAUAUUCCCUCUGAUUCCUUCUUACCUUCCUACCACAUCUGUGUUGUGGAACUCGUUACUUCUUAUUCCCCUUCACACACACCACUCGUUUUAUAGACAUUCGAUCGGACGGUCUGCACACACACACAACCAGCUCUCUAUCUGCAG